AAUGGGAUCCUAAAAUAAAUAAAUCUAUAGAUCUAAUUACAGGAAAUCCAAUUGCUUUAAAAUUAGCAUUAUAGAAUUAGAAGAAGGAACCAAAUUUUGUUAUUCCAGAAAUCUUUGGAUGAGAAUAUUAAGGGUAUUAUUAUAAUGUAAUUUUAUGUUAGGAUUGGAAGGAUUACUGAAAGAAGCAGAAGUAUUUAAUUUAAAUCAUGAAUUUGUUGAGGAGAGCGUUUAAUAAAUAAAGAGAAUGAAAAAUGAAU